AGAUAUAUUUCGAUUUUACAUAUAAGCCCUUAAACACAGACAUAUUUACCAAUCGAGCUCCAAAUUCGCCACCACCAUUGCCACCGCCAAUGGCGCCUGUGAGAACCACUGGAGCUAUUGUUGCGGCAAUCUCAAUCGUCUUCGUGGCAUCUCUUUUCGUGUGCAACCUAAAAUCCAAGUCUUCUUCCUCCAAAAAAAAGACCAAACUUCAGAAAAAAUCAACAGAGGGUUUAAUCGGUGCCAUUGGUAACACUCCUCUAAUUCGAAUUAAUAGCUUAUCCCAAGCAACUGGCUGCGAAAUAUUUGGUAAAUGUGAGUUUUUGAAUCCAGGAGGGAGUGUGAAAGACAGAGUUGCAGUGAAAAUUAUUGAAGAGGCUUUAGAAACUGGAAAGCUUGCUCCUGGGGGGGUAGUAACUGAGGGGAGUGCCGGAAGCACCGCCAUUAGUCUUGCUACGGUUGCUCCUGCUUAUGGUUGUAAAUGCCAUGUGGUUAUUCCAGAUGAUGCUGCCAUUGAGAAGUCUCAAAUUAUUGAAGCAUUGGGAGCCACUGUGGAAAGAGUAAGGCCAGUGUCGAUUACUCACCGAGACCAUUAUGUUAAUAUUGCAAGACGACGAGCUUCCGAAGCUAAUGAACUAGCAUUGAAGCUUACUAAAUCAGAAGAAACUGAUGGGGAGAACAAGAGUUCCUUUCUCUCGAUGAAUUGUAAAGGAGGUUUUUUUGCUGAUCAAUUUGAGAAUUUGGCAAACUUUCGUGCUCACUACGAAGGUACUGGACCUGAAAUUUGGGAGCAGACAGAAGGAAACUUAGACGCGUUUGUGGCUGCAGCUGGAACUGGUGGCACUGUGGCUGGAGUUUCCAAGUUUCUUCAGGAAAAGAAUCCAAAUGUGAAGUGCUUUCUGGUAGAUCCACCUGGUUCUGGUUUGUUCAACAAGGUAACUCGGGGAGUGAUGUACACUAAAGAAGAGGCUGAAGGAAAAAGGCUAAAGAAUCCGUUCGAUACAGUAACCGAAGGCAUUGGAAUCAAUAGAAUAACAAAGAAUUUUAUGAUGGCGAAACUUGAUGGGGCUUUUCGUGGCACCGAUAUGGAAGCUGUUGAGAUGUCAAGGUUCCUGUUGAAGAAUGAUGGGCUUUUCUUGGGGAGUUCUUCGGCCAUGAACUGCGUCGGAGCUGUUAAAGUGGCAAAGUCUAUUGGUCCUGGUCACACUAUUGUAACCAUAUUAUGUGACAAUGGGAUGAGGCAUUUGAGCAAGUUUUACAAUGCUGAAUAUUUGUGUCAGUUUGGUUUGACACCAAAGGCCAGCGGAUUAGAGUUCAUGGGAUUCCUGAAAUAAGAUAAGAACCAUUUUCUUGACACCUUUUGCCUCAACAUUAUAGCAAUAUCUCCAAAUUUAUUCUACAGUUCAAAAGUAUUAAUUUUUAGAUUCUUGUAAGUUUAGUACUAUAUUUAGUGACAAAUCUCUAGAUUAUUGUAGAAAACUCAUUUGUCUACUAACAUUUUUGCUAUCUAAGAUUUUAGUUGUAAAGAAUGGAAAUUUGGCAUUA